AUGUAUAGCUAGCGAUAGGCAAUACUUCGAAUAAAAUAUUUUUUAUCAUUUUCAUACAAUAAACGUGUAUUUUCUAUACAAAAAUUCCGGUUUCAUAUUUACAUACCUGGUAAAGCGCGCCUGCACACGCUUCAGAUCGAGAAUGGAGGCGGUCAUUCAAGCAAGCGGGGGAUAUAUUGAGUAAAUAUGUUUUUUAUGGCCUUACAAACAAUGUGGUUAAAAAAAUUUUGUAAACCUUUUCGUUUUUGCAAUAAAAAAUAUGUUUAGAAAAAAUGUAUAAUUUGUCCGAAUUUUGGCGCCGCACUCUGUACAUGAAAAAUUAUAUCACUGCAAAAUUAACAUCUUAAACUAAAUACAUUUGUUAGUAAAAGCAAAGAAGGAUUCCACAUAUUUAAAGUUUGUAAACAUAUAUUCCCAAUAGCUUUUAACUAUUGAAAACAUGCUUAUAACUCAUACGUUCCUGAAUUUCGAGCGACUCGAUGUACAACACUUGAGCGUUCCCGGUCAUUCCGAGUUCAACCGUUACAGUAGUACGACGAAUAUCCGAAGAGUGAUUUGUAAUUACUGAGUUUGUAAUCUUCUGCGAAGAUAUGACAUUUUACGCACUCGUUGCCGCUAAAGGAUAACAUAAUGAGGAUGCUGCGGCUCCAUGAGGAAAAGGACCAUCGUGGGCGGUUACGCGUUUACCUGGUGGUUCGUCACUGACGUGCAACGGCUUUCGCUGGAGGUGAUGACUCUGAAUCCGGUGUGCGAGAGCGUGGAGACCGCGCAGGGUGUUCCGCUGACGGUUACUGGGGUGGCGCAAUGCAAGAUCAUGAAGGCAGAUGAGUUGUUGCAUACUGCCAGCGAACAGUUCCUCGGGAAAAGCGUGCACGAAAUCAAAUCCACGAUCCUGUCCACUUUGGAAGGUCACCUCCGAGCUAUACUAGGAACACUCUCGGUGGAGGAAGUCUAUAAGGAUCGAGAUCAAUUCGCAGCCCUGGUGCGGGAGGUCGCCGCGCCAGAUGUCGGUCGCAUGGGCAUUGAGAUUCUCUCGUUCACGAUAAAGGACGUGUACGACGAUGUUCAAUAUCUAGCAUCGCUCGGCAAAGCUCAGACGGCCGCCGUUAAAAGAGACGCCGACGUGGGGGUCGCCGAGGCGAAUCGAGAUGCCGGGAUUAGGGAAGCCGAGUGCGAGAAGUCGGCGAUGGACAUAAAAUACAACACCGACACCAAGAUAGAAGACAAUGCGAGACUCUAUCAGCUGCAGAAGGCCAACUUCGAUCAAGAAGUGAACACAGCGAAAGCCGAGGCGCAAUUGGCUUACGAGCUUCAAGCGGCGAAGAUAAAACAACGGAUACGGAAUGAGGAAAUACAAAUAGAGGUUGUAGAGAGGCGUAAGCAAAUCGAAGUCGAGGAACAGGAGGUCCGUCGAAAGGAGCACGAGCUUCAGAGCACGGUGCGAUUACCGGCCGAGGCCGAGUACUACAAGAUGGGCAGAGUAGCUGAAGGAAAGAGAACUCAAACGGUGAGCGCGGCGAGAGCCGAAGCCGAGAAGAUCCGACUGCUCGGAGAGGCCGAGGCUCACGCUCUGGAAGCUGUGGGUGUAUCGGAGGCCGAGCGUAUGCGUAUGAAAGCGUCGGUUUACAAGAAGUACGGAGACGCGGCGAUACUUAACAUCACUUUGAACGCCUUGCCGAAGAUCGCAGCCGAAGUCGCGGCGCCGUUAGCGAGAACGGAAGAGAUCGUCCUUCUCGGUGGAAGCGACUCGACCACCGGGGAACUCACGCGUCUCGUAGGGCAAGUACCUCCAGCUGUACACGCAUUGACUGGAGUAGAUGUUUCCAAAGUAUUAGGAAAAAUACCAGGCGCAAAGUAAUUCUGGAUUUCACGGCGUGAAUUGAGAGCAACUGCGACCGGACGAACGAAUGCGGGACCGGUUUGAGGAAGGGGCAAAAUCUGUACUGCCAAAAGUUUCUCUGUUACUCUAUUACCUAGCGACGACACUCUCCGCUUUUUUCUCUUUCCCGAAUUUUGCUCUACCUCAAGUCUAGCCGAAGUAGCGCCGCGCGCCAACGGACACGUGUGCCAUUCUUUGUCGCGCGCGUUAGUCCGUUCGUGUUGUAUGCGUUUCACUCGAGCGUUCCUUACUUUACACGAGGCGCGUACAGCGCGCGAAUAGCAUUGCAUUUCGUACGUGUGAUGCCAUUGAGAUUCAGGCGACUAGCGCGAGCUCGAGUCGCAAUACGUCAUACGAAAAGCAUUUCAGCGCGACGAUACCCCCACAACAGUUUCGGUGUGUUUUAUCGUUUUAGAUCAAUUGUUCUGAAAAUUCACAACAAAAAAUGACACUGCCCAUGGUCAUGCCUAAGGUAGGAACGAUUACGAGUGCGUUACAUUGACACAGCUAUUAUCGGUGGGAUGCAUAACACCACGGUACUUGCCUCGAAGUCAAAAGACAUCGCCAAGAUAUCGCGUUCGUUGUCUUAUCGGAAGGAGUAGAAAAAAUCGCAAUAAACACCAUUCGUCCAUUCGCAUAAAUAUAUAUUUUUACUACAUAGCAGGGAUGGGUGAUAUUGAAUAAAAGAAUUGACGUGCAAAUAAUCAACAGUUUCUUAUAAAAAAGACUUUCAAAAUAAUUGUUUUUUUUUAUAAUUGUGUUUGACAUCGAAUAAAUUGUUUAAGCGAUCCGCAUAGUUUGUUUUAAUUUUCGAGACAUUUUAAUCAUUAACUUAGAUCUCGAGACUCGCUCAACAUUUGACUCCAAAGUCUCCGCUACAAGCCGCCACCAUACUUAUCGAGGAUUUGAGGUCGUGGCACAACUCAGGCACAAGUCAGGCAUACUCUAUUUGAAAUACACAAAAUUCAACGAGUUAUAACUUUUAUGGACAUAACGAUAAUGAGGCGGUUCAAAUGAAACUUGUUUUAAGAUAUUUGAUCAUUUUUACGUGUAGUGUGUGUAAUACAAGUUAACGAUUAGUCAAGGCCCCUUACUUUCAAGUAAUACACAUCACUCAUCUCUUCUACAUUACAUACUAAAUACUAUCUACAUAUUAGAGAAAUACGCGGCCACCACAGAUUCUACACGAAGCAUCAUCAUUACGAUAUCGACAGGGGAAAGAAAGUUUUUUUUUUUGUAAAAGAGAUCGCGAACUUCCGUUAAAAGCGUCUAAUGCACAAGAGUGGUGCCGAAUAUCUGCCCAAUGGGAAACAAGCCUAUCAAAUCACUGCCGAAACGAAAAUCCUUUCUGCUCCUUCCACGUAAUUCUUCGUUAUUCAAGUUUCACGUACAAUUUAUGUCCGGAAUACAAGUGAUAUCAUUGAAUCGCAAGACGGAGAGAUCCUUCUAAAUUCUACGAAACGAUCGUUUGUCGAUUUGUCACACAGCAACGAGCCUAUGUGUUCCACCGGUAUGGAGAACGGACGGACAGCCGCUAAUAAUCAAUACCGAAAUUCGAAAUUUAAAUAUAACCAAUGUGAUUAAAGAGUUUCGAUCAUUGUGUUCAAUGUAAUUAAGUAAUUUAACAGACGUGGAGGAGGAAAAGUAGAAGUUCAACGCGGUUCAGGACGUGCACUAGCUGCCGUCUCGUAGUCUCUGUACAUACUUGUAGUUCACGUAUGUAUAAUAGCCAAGAAGUUUCUAUCUCCGUGGAAAUAGAAGGAAAGAGCGUGCGCCACGCGCGCGGGCGUACCUCGCGAUUUAAAGAGAGUACUUUGUGACCGUAUUACAAAUCAACGCUCGAUAUAAUUCUCGGUUGACCACACAUCGGAAACCACACGGCAUUGAAGCGAAAGGGAAAGAAAACCAAGGGAAAGAAACAAAGGAAGAAAGACGAAAACACGGUAUUCCAAGCUGGACAAGUGCCAAUAUGUAUAUACGAUACGUCUCGCCGGGUAGAGAAAAAACGGAUGGAAACUGGGUGAUCCCGAAUAAAAGUUCGAUAUUAUUUGUAUCGCGUAACCCAUCGGUUACUACACGUGCGAUUUGUGAAUCUAAUAUAUACACGCAUAUUACCUCGUUCCUCUAUCACCUCUCCAUUUAUUUUUUUACACAUGUAUAUUUUUUACGUGAGAGACCGUUAGUUCAAAUGCGUCCUCUUAUGGCAUUUACGGAUUUUAUAGUUUUAUCUUUCUUUUUUUAUCGUAUGUUUUAGUUUAUGAUGUUAUAUAUAUGUUAGUUUACGUAGUGUACAAGAACUGAGCUCCAGAGCGUGCGUAUAUAUAUAUCUAUUGCUUCUUAUUCGUAUCACCCGCGGUAUGACUCGCGGUGACAAUUAGCAUCGCCGUUUCGUUUGUGAUGAUUAAAUAGCAUUACCAUUGAGAGGAUAUAUAUAUACAGUGAUGUAUAGCGCGAUGGGAAGCCGACAGACACAAGACCGUCAGCCAGAAAAAAAAGCAAAAGUCUUCCCUGUCCCCACCGGAAAAAAAAAAGAUUCUUAGCGCAGUAGACCAGUACAAAGGAGAAAGAAGGAAACUUCAAAAGGUCCGCAGAAUAGUAGUGAUAGACCGAUAAGAGAUCUUUAGAGGGCAUCUUAGUGAUCGAGUGAAAUUUCUAGGUGUAUCACCACCGAGAGAGAGAGAGCGCGGAUAUUUUCUAUAAAACUAAUAAAAGAAUAGUCGUCGCGCCGCCCUUAAUCAACGUUGCUUUCGUGCGGAGCCUCCAAUUAAGAUUAUAACGAUAAAAGAGAUCUGUGUAGGACGAAAAAUGAAAAAAAAAAGAGAGAAUUAUCGAGAGAUGUUCGAUUUAUUUUUUUUAUGGGGUCCAACGGGAUCCUCCUCCGAU